CCUGCGGUUUUAUCCUAUUUUACUAUAUUUGCAUUGUACAGCCUACUGAAAUCACUUGACAGUUCACAGCCAUCACCAUUCCCCCCUAGCGCACCAUUGUGGCACUACACAUUUCCCUUUCUCUCAUCAUGUAAGUGCUGCCCCCUGUACAACGGCUUGAACCCGGGCUGGUCCCUGACUGUACCGUGUGCUCGAAGGGAGAACUAAUUUCGUUGACAUUUCUGGAUGAAAUCUCUUCUUGGAAUGGUUUACCUCCAGUGAAGGUUGAUGUUUCCUAGUCGGGAACCCCCAGGGUUGCUUUCAAGAUUGACCCCCGACAGCUUGCGGCCUCUGCCAAUCUCCUGAGCGAGCUCCGCCUGCCACUGGACAAGACUGCCCACAAGCUUCCGCUGUGUCUGCCUGCGGCAAAGCCCAGCAACCUCCGCGAGGCCCUUGGCCAAUCGCCCGGGAGGAAGGACCUCGUCGCCAUGGACACGGAGUCCACCUACUCAGGGUACUCAUACUACUCUGGUCGCUCCCGGGGAUCCCACAGACACGGGGAACGCAGCCGCGACCACCACAAGUCACGCAGCAAGGAUGGCAGCCGCUCGGAGAAGUCUGUCACCAUCAACGCACCGCCAGCAGAACCACUGCUGGGAGACUCGUCUGUACUGGGGGAGGAGGUCCAGGAUGACAACUGGGGCGAGACCACCACGGCCGUCACGGGGACGUCGGAACACAGCCUGUCCCAAGAGGACAUUGUCCGGAUCACCAAGGACCUGGAGGACAGCGUGGGCCUGGACUGCCGGCGCUACUUUAGCCUGACCCUGGCUGUGGUUCUGGGCCUGCUGGUCUUCCUCACUCCCCUGGCCUUCCUGGCUCUCCCCCACCUCCUCUGGCCUGACAAGCUCCUGGUGUGCGGCACGGCCUGCGAGGGCCUCUUUAUUUCCGUGGCGUUUAAGCUGUUGAUACUGCUGUUGGCCGUGUGGGCGCUGUUCUUCCGGGCUCCGCGCGCCGGCCUGCCCCGUGUGUUUGUGUUCAGAGCGCUGCUGGCCGUGCUGGUGCUGCUGUUCGUUGUGUCCUACUGGCUGUUCUAUGGCGUAAGGAUACUGGACUCCCAGGAUGAGAACUACCAGGGCAUCGUGCAGUACGCUGUGUCUCUAGUGGACGCUCUGCUCUUCAUCCACUACCUGGCCAUCGUUCUGCUGGAGCUCAGGCAGCUGCAGCCCGCCUUCUCUGUCUGCGUCACGCGCUCCACCGACGGAGAGACACGCCACUACAACCUGGGCCAGCUCAGUAUUCAGCGGGCGGCAUUGGCCAUCAUAGAGAACUACUACAGGGACUUCUCUGUCCACAACCCGGCCCUGCUCACCGCCUCGAAGUCCCGGGCCGCUAAGCACCUGGCCGGCCUUAAGGUCUAUAAUGUGGAUGGUGAGUUCCCGGCAUCCCCCGCAUCUGGCCCUGAGAACAACGCAGCGACCGGAUUGGCCCACUCCCAGUCCCGGGCUAUGAUUGCCGCUGCCGCCCGCCGCCGAGACACCAGUCACAACGAGCUGUACUACGAGGAGGCCGAGCACGAGAGACGCGUCCGUAAACGCAAGGCCCGACUGGUGGUGGCGGUAGAGGAGGCCUUCACACACAUCAAGCGCAUGCAGGAGGAGGAGCAGAAGAAAGCCCCCGGGGACGUAAUGGACCCCCGCGAGGCCGCCCAGGCCAUCUUCCCCUCCAUGGCCCGCUCCCUGCAGAAGUAUCUUCGCACCACCAGGCAGCAGCACUGCCACAGCAUGGAGAGCAUCCAGCAGCACCUUGCCUUCUGCAUCACCAACAACAUGACGCCCAAGGCCUUCCUGGAGAGUUACCUGACCCCCGGGCCCACCUUGCAGUAUGGCCGCGAGCGCUGGCUGGCCCGGCAGUGGACUCUGGUCAGCGAGGUGUCGGUCACCAGUGGCCUCAAGGAGGGCGCCAUCUUCCUCCUAAAGUGCAUAGACUUCAGCCUGGUGGUGACGGCCAAAAGGAUCCCCUACAUCCAGCUUUCAGAGGAGUUCAUCGACCCCAAGUCGCACAAGUUCGUCCUGCGGCUACAGUCAGAGACCUCUGUGUAGAACUGGACAACUGUCUUUACCACCACACACCUUUUUUUAGUUUUGUUUUCAAUAUGUUUUAUUUUGGGUUUGCAGUUUUAUUUUAUUUUUUGAUUUUUAUAUUAUAUAUGAAUAUAUAUGUUACACAUGCUGGAAUAUAUUAUCCUUUUUUUAUCUAUGGUUUACCUGGUUUAUGAGUUAAUAUAAAAAAAAUGUUUAAAAAAAAAUAUACACCGGUGAUGAAUUUGACUUGUCUUGCAUGCACACACAGAAGAUUGAACUGAACUCUGUGGAGAUGGAACUGUAGAUGAACAAUGUGUGCACACAACUGCAUAUGUGUCAAUGUCUAUGAACACAAUCAGUUGUUCCACCUCUGAAAGACUGAUGCAGAGCUCAAGACAAGGAAUUAUUUUAAUUCCAUGACUCCAGACAGAAGGUGGAGACCGAAGGAGGGGGACGGCCAUUUUGACAUCUCACCAAAGAGUCAAAUGACACUACUGUUGCCAUGGACAUUCCUUGAUUCCCCCUCAGCCAAACCACUACAGAUGGUGAACUGCCACUAUUUAACUUCUGGACAAAAUGUUUAUUUUAACACAAACCGUCUCAGGCCUGUCUGCUGUUCUGAAACUAUAGCUACUUAAUUGUCUUUUUUAAUGUUACAUGCACAUGUUCUCUACAUCUGUAUAUUGAUUAUGUAUAAACACAUUGUGAUAUGUUGUUUAGGUCUGUGUACUGGGUCAAUCUCCCAUUUCCUUAUAUCCCGAUCUGUGGGUGUACAGAGCAAGACAUGAAUAUCGGUGGCAUUCAUUGUUAUUCUGAUAUUUUUAAAAACAACCUUGUUUUAGCUGUUAUUGGUGAUGUUAAAUAGAAAUUAAAUUAGCCAAUUUAUACGAUUACCCCCCAAGGGGAUCUGUUAAAAAAUAUAUAUAUUUUCGACCUCAAAGUGUGUACUGUAGUAUGGCUUUAUGCAUACAGCAGCACUUUCCCAGGCGCAAUGUCGCAAUAGAACAGCAUGUUAUACUGCAGUACAUCUCGUCCACAAGCCAUCUCUAUAACCAGGUUAUUCUGUACUAUACAGGACUAUGUUCUUUUGUAAGUACUACUGUCAAAACGGGCUCAGAAUGGUCCAUCCAUAUCCCAAAUUAACUUAUGUAACAUUUUCAAUAUACCAUUAUACACUCAUGGCUGGUUUGUAAAGCAGAGCUCUUCAAACGUAUUAGGAAUCCCAUAGUCGCCCAUAUUAGGAAUCCCAUAGGAUCCUGAUUGCUGAUGUAAAUCAAUAUUUACAGCUUCUGUAAUGGAUUUUGGAGAUGUGCUGCUGUCUCGUUCCACUCUUACAUUUUUCAUAGGAUGGUCCCACUUCCCAGCGUAGUCAUAUUUUGAUAACGUGCCCAUUAAGGACCCUGCAUUUGCUGAAACUUAAGUUACCUUUUUAUAAAGCGACACAUUCAUUCCCUGCAUAUAUCUCUUCUCAGGGUUCAGGCUUUCACUUAUAUCACGCUUACUUUGCCUGAUAGAGCACUCCGGGAGAGAAGAUACACAGAUACAACUAAUGUAUGACACUGAUUUGGACCAGAGCCUCAAUCUGCCUGUGUACCUUGUACACGGUACGCAGAACUCUAUUCAGAAUCGUGCUUCUACACCUGCAUUGCUUGCUGUUUGGGGUUUUAGGCUGGGUUUCUGUACAGCACUUUGAGAUAUCAGCUGAUGUAAGGAGGACUAUCUAUAUAAAUGGAUUAUUCUGCAGCUAUUACCAUUGAAAGUCUAAGCGGUUAAUUAAGCUAAUCGCCUCUUGAGAUGGUAUGGUACUAGGGGGUGAAGAGGAGCCUCCCUUGUAACUCACCCGUCUGGUUCAUCUUCUAUUGCAAUGUCAUCAAGCGAGAUAUCAUGUUGAGCUGUGAAUCUGGGGACCUGAUAGCUUUGAGUCUGUUCCUUAUUUAAAAGGAUGAACAUAAAAAUCAAUCAUGACAUCAGAAUCCUAUAUUCUCCCCAAGUGAAUGUGGGUGGCAGAUUGAGAUCCAUCCAGGAUGAAUUGUUUCAGAGGUGAUCAGGAUCCUAUCUACUUAAGAUCUCAUAAAUCCCCAUGUAGAAUGGACUUCCGGUUUGUCGAGGUCCUCCACGGUAUUACAGCUCUGCAUGUCAUUCAUGAAAACAAAACUGUCCGUGGGCGCCCCCUGGCAGACAAACCAGAAGGUGUCAGGCGUUGGUAUGGCAAUAAUGGGUUACUGUUGGGUGCUGACACAUUCACAAACAAACGCAUGGUGCCGUGGCAGGUUAUACACAAACCAUUUUUAACCGUCAGCAUGUGGCUCAUAAAAGCCACUUGGAAAUGCAACUCUCUUUUUUUUUCUCAUGAAAAUUUUUCUCGUCUUCAUGAAAACUUUUUUUUUAUACUUAUAGCACUGGGAGUCUUUUGUACCCAUAAUUGAUGGACUUUGUCUUUACACUGUAUGUAUUUAUGUAGCUAAGCGUGUGCAUAUACCACAUUCCCUUAUCACAUGCUCAGCCUUCCCUGUUCUGACAGCAGAUUGACGUUUAUUGGGAUGAGUCUUGCCCUGGAGGCAGAACUGAGCGAUUUCCGCUAGAUGUGCCAGUGGCAAAGUCUUUAUGGCAAAAAAUAAUCAAAACAAAAAAAUAGCUUUUUGUUCUUAAUUUAAGUUUAGUGUUAGCAGUGUGGUUAAGAUCAUGCCUUUGUGCCUGUGCCAGCUAGUGACCACUCUGUAGAGCUGCCUCCGGUACAGGAGUCAUCCCAAUAAAUGCUAACCUGGGUAUUGACCUCUGUCAAGGUUUGCUGGCCUGGUCACAGAUCUGUUUGUGCUGUUACUGCCAGGUUCUGCUAACCUGGCAGUAACUGAUCUGCGACCAGGCUAAAGGUUAGCCAGGUUGCACCCAUACUGUAGACCUCUGCUUUUUACUGACCUGACAACGCAUUGUAAUCAAUGUGUCAAUUUCACUAUACAACAGGCAUUUGUGUAAAAUAAACUUUUGUAUGAACAUGUA